CCACUCCGGAGUCUCCAUACCCGCUGUCCCGGCGCGCCUGGCCCCGCACCGCCCCCGCUGCCCGGCCACGCGUGCCCGCACACCCUCGCGCCUUUCCCCCGAGACGGCGGACGGACGCCGCACGAUUAGGGAGGCAACUUGCCAUUUCCCUUUCUUUUUUUUUUAAUUAAAAUUAUUUUUCCUGCUUAUUGUUAGGGGGGAGGAGAGAUUUUUGUUUUGUUUACAAUUUUUUGUUUGAGAAAAAAACCCCACUGGAGGAGUUUGCGUGACAUCCGGGAUCUAGAAGCGGAGACCACCGAGGCAGGCAGGCAGGCAGGAGGGCGGGCGGACUGACGCCGGCGGUGCACCGCGAAGGACAAAAGGAGUCCAGUGUUGCUCGAAGCAUCGGAUCCCUCCCGGCGCCCAGCAUGAAGAAAGCCGAAGUGGGCAGGUUCAGUAUUUCCCCGGAUGAGGACAGCAGCAGCUACAGCUCCAACAGCGACUUCAACUACCCCUACCCCACCAAGCAAGCUGCCCUGAAAAGCCAUUAUGUAGAUGUAGAUCCUGAAAACCAGAACUUUUUACUUGAAUCGAAUUUGGGGAAAAAGAAGUAUGAAACAGACUUUCAUCCGGGUACUACUUCCUUUGGAAUGUCAGUAUUUAAUCUGAGCAAUGCGAUUGUGGGCAGUGGAAUCCUUGGGCUUUCUUAUGCCAUGGCUAAUACUGGAAUUGCUCUGUUUAUAAUUCUCUUGACAUUUGUGUCAAUAUUUUCCCUGUAUUCUGUUCAUCUCCUUUUGAAGACUGCCAAUGAAGGAGGGUCUUUAUCAUAUGAACAGUUGGGACACAAAGCAUUUGGAAUGGCUGGAAAGCUUGCAGCUUCUGGAUCGAUUACAAUGCAAAAUAUUGGAGCUAUGUCAAGCUACCUCUUCAUAGUGAAAUAUGAGUUACCUUUGGUGAUCAAGGCAUUAAUGAACAUUGAAGAUACAACUGGACAGUGGUAUCUGAACGGGGACUAUUUGGUUCUCCUGGUGUCGUUGCUGCUCAUUCUUCCUUUAUCACUGCUGAAAAAUUUAGGAUAUUUGGGAUAUACCAGUGGCCUUUCCUUGCUGUGUAUGCUGUUCUUUCUGAUUGUGGUGAUUUGCAAGAAAUUUGAGAUUGCUUGUCCUUUUGAAGAUACAAUAAGCAUAAACAGCACCUUCAUAGAUCCAACAGCUUUAGUACCUCAUAUGGCAUUUAACACGACUGAUGAUGGUUCUUGCAGACCGCAUUAUUUUUUCUUCAACUCACAGACUGUGUAUGCUGUCCCAAUUCUGACUUUUUCAUUUGUUUGUCAUCCUGCUAUUCUUCCCAUUUAUGAAGAGCUGAAAGACCGCAGCCGUAGAAGGAUGAUGAAUGUAUCCAAGAUUUCAUUUUUUGCUAUGUUUCUCAUGUACCUGUUUGCUGCCCUUUUUGGAUACUUGACAUUUUAUGAUAAAGUUGAGUCCGAAUUGCUUCAUACAUACUCGAAAGUCUUAGGAGCUGAUAUCCUUCUUCUCAUUGUCCGUCUGGCUGUGUUAAUGGCUGUCACCCUGACUGUUCCAGUGGUUAUUUUCCCAAUCCGGAGUUCCAUAACUCAGUUGUUUUGUCCAAAAAAAGAUUUCACUUGGUGGCGUCAUGGUCUCAUUACAGUAUCGAUCUUGGCAUUUACCAAUCUGCUUGUCAUCUUUGUCCCAACUAUUAGAGAUAUCUUUGGUUUCAUUGGUGCAUCUGCAGCUGCUAUGUUGAUUUUUAUUCUUCCGUCUGCCUUCUAUAUCAAGUUAGUUAAGAAAGAGUCCAUGAAGUCUGUGCAAAAGAUUGGGGCUUUGUUCUUCCUGUUGAGUGGCUUUGUGGUGAUGAUCGGAAGCAUGGUGUUGAUUAUCCUGGAUUGGGUACACAAUGCCCAUUAACUGGCACUACCAAAACUUCAGUUGUCCAUUUGAUGCCAGUGUUGAGUCAACUCUCAACUGCUAUGAAAUUUCACCUGAUGUUUUCAGUUUCACUUCCUUUUGAAGUGCAGAUUCCUCGCUGGUUCUUCUGAGUGCAGAAUAAGUGAACUCUUUUUUUUGUUUGUUUGUUUUUUUAUUUUUUAUUUUUUUAUUUUUUUAAAGGAACUAUUCUGUAUGAUAGAAAUGGACAUUAACAACAAAACCACGAGUCUCGGGUUAAUGGAAGUGACAAUUUUAUUCCAUUCCAGAGAAUGGACGAACUCUUAACUUUUAUCAAGCCACAUGUUUGGCUGUGUCAUUGUUUAAACUUGGAUAUUUUAUGGUUUUACUUGAAUGUGCCUAAUGGAACCAUUUGAUGUGAGAAACAAUUCUUAAUUUACAGCAAAGUAUUGAAAUAACCAUUGAGAAAAACACUAUUAUUUUUUGUACCAAAAAUAUUUAAAGACCUCAGAAGCACUAUUUUACUUUAAAAAAAAAAAAAAAAUGCUUUUUUUGAACAUUGUCCAAAAACAGUUGUCAGUAAAUUCCGUAAAAAAAAUUUUAAUUGUUUAAAAACAAAUGUAAGUAUUAUGAAAUGAAUUGCCUUUUUGUAGGCAUAAUAAGCCAAAUAUGUUUUUUAUCCAAAAUGAUUUUUAGAAAAAAAUGAUGUAAUGAAAAAUUGUACUAUGAGUAGGAGCAUAGUUUUUUUCCAUUCAGACUUCACCAUUUAAGGAUAAUUGAUUGCCUAUUAUACCAAAUCAGAUGAACCCUGUUCAUCAUUUUUCUUCUCUGUUCCCAAAUAAUUUAGUUCAUUCAGAUAAAUAUUUAUGGCUUCAGUCUAUUAGAAUGGAAGAUAAUGCAGAUAUUUCUGUGGGGAGUAAAAUAACUAAUUUUGAGGUACCAAAUAGUGCAAUUGGGUAAAACAGGGUUUAUUCAGUUGCAUCUGUUUCCAGAGUUGGGUUGACAGCUCUGGGUUUUUUGGGCCAGCCCUUUUUUAACUGCUUCCAGCAGUGGAAAAUGGGCAUUUGAUGGCAAUAAGGCCAAAACUAUUCUAACCAGAGUACAACUUUUCAAAAAUGCUCAUCUACUACUGGAAGUGUGAAUUACUUGAUACUGUAUGGCUUAGUCAUGUUCAUGUUUCGUCUGCAGUUGAGGUCUAAUCUACAGUUUACACCGGUAUUUGGAAUAAUGUAAGUUCUCUUUAAAUAGGCCACUGGGUUUCAUGCAGUAAGCUUUCUAAAAAACUUACUUGCACUGGACUGUCAUCUCAUUCUUGUACAACACAGAAUUAUUUGUUUACAUCCAACAAAUGGUUAGCUAGGGGAAACAGUGCAACCUGGGUGUAAGUUAGUUGGUACAACUGCAUGUUCACCCUUCCACAUAAAUUCCAGUUAGAACUGAAAACAAAACAAAACAAAAAAAAAACUAGUUGGCUUUUAAGAGCACAUUUAUUGUAUGUUACGGUGUAUGGUGAAUAUAUUAUUAAAUAAUGUGGUACUUUGCUCAUCAGGCAUAAUGUCUAAAAUCUAUUAUACAUAAUUCCAUUAGUGGUUGAGGGAAGCAAAUAAUGGAAUCAUCGAUUGGUCAUCUGGCUGUUAAGGUUUUCUCUUGAACUAAACAUUUUUUUAGUUCUAAGCAAGGGCCAGAAAUGGGGCAGACAUGGUUUUUGUUACACAUUCUUGUAUUAUAUGUGACUAGCUUAUAGAUCAGAUAUGUCUGUACUUAAAAAGACCCUUGUGGAACUGGAAGACGUCUUGUAGUGCUACUUUGGUGAAACCAAUGGUCCAUUUGUGUUUGUUUCUACAAAAAUAACUGGGGACCGCCUAGAAAGGCAGUGAGAAGACAGAUUCUACAGCACUGCUUUCAUUUACGGUAAUUGGGCUUUGGUACUCCCUUCGAAUCCAGAACCUCGCCUUUAUUUCAAGACCAAGAAUUGGCACUUCUGCUGGAGUUCCUGAGAAAAUACCAAGUAAAGGUUUAUGUCCUUUCCUGGGAAGGAAAUAUAAUCCAUCAACCAGGAAAGAAUGGGAAAAAAGUCCUCAUAGCUAAUCAGUGUGGGGAGACAUCCACUCUUCUUUGUCUGUUGGAGGUUCAAAAUCAGUUGCUGAGGAUUAAUUCCAUUGCAUGAUCUUGGAGCUCUCUUGUCUGUCGUGAGGUUCCUGAACAGUGAAUUCCCAUUAAUAAGCAGUCUUCAGUAUUAAAACCACUGUCUUGUCACCUCAUUUUGCAUUACUGUCUUCCUUGGAUGUUUCAGUUAUAACUGUAAUGUUAUUUAUAGAACAGCAGUAAUCCAUUAAAGCUAACCUAUUUUUCAAUAUUUAUGAUAAUCUAUGUACAUACAUUGUCUGUCCAUAUGUAUUUGUAAAUAGUGUUGUAUAUAAUUCCAUGGGUCAGGUUUGGGUCUUGGGUUCAAAUGUAUAUAUUCCUGUAACUUUCUUAACUGCAUUUUGAUGAAUUCACAUUAUGUAUAUCUAAGAAUUGUCCCAAAAUUACCUGUACAGAGAUGUCAAUAUAAACAAAUUGAUAAAUUGUGUAAACACUAAAAAUUUUAAAUAUCAUUUAAAUUGUAUUUGCAAUAAACAGACUGGUUAACCAUUUUUUUUUUUCAUGAAAACUUGGUGCAAAUUUAGAUCUCUUAUUUAAAUUUUAAAAAGAUCUAAAUUUUCAAAAUGCAGUAGUUAUCAAAAUGUGAUCUAGUGUAAUGAAAUCAAAUGUGAUCUAGUAUAAGGAAAGACCUUUGAGAACCUACAUGUGUUAAUCUUAUGUAUAUAGUGUAAAAAACCCCUUGUACUGUUAGAGGCCAACAAUUCCAGUAUGACUUGUUGGCAAAGAGUGCUACACCGUUUCAAUGAAACAAUGUAUGUUUUAACUGAACUAAAAUAAAUACAUGCUUAAUCCUGA